AUGUGUGAUGGAGGAUGUGCGUGCAACCUGCCAGCGAAGAUCCUGACGGCAAUCGGCGGUGUGAUCGCUGCCAUCGGCGUCAUUAUCUACAUUGUCGGAGUGACUCAGGUGGCUUCGAUCGCAGACGAUCGCAUGCUGGUGGACGGGCAGAGGAACUUCGAGUUCGAACUGGGCGGAGGUGCGGUGUUUGACAGCGUGCUCUUCUUGCACGACGAAGGUGUGGAUUGUGACGUCCAUUUAGAUUCAUUGAGCAUCGUCCACGUCGACACCAACACAGUUGAAGCGUUGUCGUUCACCUGCUUCUGGGGCGGCACAGAACCAAUCGGCCACAACGGCCAGACGCUCUACGAGCUUGGCCAAUUCUUCGCUCCG